CACCUCAUUACACCUCAUUUCACCUCAUUUCACCUCAUCUCAUCUUAUACCAUUUCAUAUCAUCUCAUCUCAUAUCAUCUUGAUUCACAUUCCUUCUUUCGUCUUGUUCACUUCUAAUUCUCCAACCCUGUAUCAAUACUGCAGAUAAGAGGAAUUAAUGUCAACAGAAUUUCCUCCAACCAAAUCAGCCAGUAAACCCAAGGUACUGAUUGUCGGCGCUGGUAUUGCUGGACUCACAUUAGCCAUUCUUCUUGAGAAGGCUGGUGUCCCAUAUAAGGUCUAUGAUCGCAUGACAGAACUCAAGCCCUUGGGGUCUGGGAUGGGGUUUGGUGCAAAUGUAGGGCCAUUGUUCAAACAGAUUGGUAUUUACGAUGAGUUUGUCCGCCUUGGAAAGCGAUCCAAAUCAAUUGACUAUUAUAAUGAGGAACGUAAGCUGGAGCAUUCGAUGGAUUUCGAGAAAUGUACCGAAAUGGGAGGGUCUCCUGGCUAUAUGAUCCCUCGUCCCGUCCUUCAUGACUUAUUGUUUCGACAGGUACCAUCAAACAAAAUCUUUUUAGGAAAGCGAGUCCUGUACAUCAAGCAACGUCUAGAAGAUGGUGUCCAGAUCCAAUUCUCGGACAAUACAUCUGCAGAGGGUGAUAUUCUUGUUGGAGCUGAUGGUGCUCAUAGUACUAUUCGGCAAAAUCUCUAUGAGUCGUUAAAGAGCGAAGACCAACUACCAGCUUCAGAUGAUGGAGCUUUGCCAUUUAGUUGUAUUCAUCUUGUCGGACAAACCAAACCAUUAGAUCCUACAGCAUAUCCAGAGCUUACUGACUCCCGCACUCAUUUCGUAAGGGUUGUUGGGAACAACAAACCAUUCUCUUGGGGAUAUAUGACAGUGCAAGGUAAUAUCUUCUGUUGGAGCGCAACUCGAUACCUGGACAAUGAGAGUUCCAAGGAUGAUGGGAGCUUUCAAAAUUCAGAAUGGGGCCCUGAAGCCGCAAUUGCGAUGUGUGAAGAGGUCCGAGACUUUCCAUUGCCUGGAGGCAAGGACAACAAAUUGACCAUUGGAGAUCUCAUUGACAACACGCAACUGGUCUCUAAGGUCAAGUUGGAGGAGAAGGUCUUUGAUACAUGGUAUUCGGGAAGGACAGUUCUGAUUGGGGAUGCUUGUCACAAGAUCCACCCUGCUAGUGGUGCUGGCGCUACUAAUGCAAUCCAGGAUGCGGUAGCAUUAGCAAACUGGAUCAGCGUAUUAGAUUCAACAGCAGUCAGCAAAAUUACAAAAGCCUUUGAAGAAUAUAAAGCAGAGCGCUACCCAGUUGUCAUGAAGGCCUAUGAGAAUGGGCGAGCGCUAUCCAAAGUGACGGCAACGGACCUGACUGCCAAGAUCAGUCGCUUCAUCACUAGAAACCUGCCGACUUGGCUCUGGAACAUCAUGCUUAAGCGCAUGGUUGAGUCGCGCCCUCAAGUGUCAUUCUUGCCAUUGGUAAAAGAUAAAGGAACUGUACCACCCACGUACCAGCCAAGUCUUCAAAAAACAUUAGAGAUCAGGAAGGCUAGAGAAACUGCAGAAGAAAAGGAUCCACUACAGUUAUAGUGAACUAGUAGAGGAGGUAUUGAUAAUAAAAUAAAAAAG